AUGGAACACACCGUGGACAUUGUCAGUCACGACUGCCGGGCUGCCGUGUGUGUGCGUGUGUAUGUGCAUUUUCGUCCCUAAAACAGACCACGCGGUAAAUGCGCCCGGCCAACAUGGAAGCUGGACUGGGAUCCGGCAGGCGUUAUCGGAGAUGCGUGUCCAUAACAAAUGCCAACAUAAAGAUUGUGGUAACAUGCCUAGAUUCAGACACGCGCCGCGCCAACUGAGGGUCCGAACUUCAUUUUCGUCUAUUGGUAUAAAAUUCUGAUCAGUGUACGUUGUGGGCCAGGGAUGGGAUAAUAGGCCAAAGUGCACGUAUUCGCCGUGCCACCUACCUGCGUCCCCUUCCGGCCUUCUGGACUGUCUUGAGUCGAGCCCAUGUGGAGGGGAGGAGGAGCGAUUGCAGUAGAUGCUAUGCAAGCCUACUGAAACUGUACACACCCUGCUGUGGGGCGCUUGGUGGGCAUUGUCGGUAACGACGGUCGAACUGUCGCGUGUGUGUGCCGGUCGGAGGACUGGGUGAGAAAAAUAGCCAAUCAAUUUUAAACAAUUCAAAUUUAGAAAAUUCUGCCGUCAAAGAAUAUGUCAACCUGAACGCUCGUUUCCGGUUUGUUUGCCGUUGCCGCCCGCCGGCCAGUCAGCCUGGAUUCCGAAUGAUCUGUGAAUGCCGUAGGCAAAUGAACGCUUGAUCAAACGCUAUCGCUUGAGCUAGGGGUCCCACAUUUUUUCACUCAAAAUUCGAAGUGACCAAAGCUGCAAAAUAAUGGGAAUAACCGAGAUAAUUUGCCUGUACAACGAAUAAAGCCGUUUUACUUCAUUCCCUCUCUCUCUGAGCUCCAGUUUACAUCCCAUGCAGGCAGUAGGCGUCAGAACCAACUGCUGAAAUUGGGCGGAGGAUGAGGAAAGAAAGAGGUAAGUGCUACAGGCGAACUUGAUAUUUCAGCCUUUUACUCGCUCUAGAAAUGAAUGCGCCAACUUGACUUAUCCGGAGGAGAAUAUUUAAGGGGAAAUUCACCGACUUACGAGGCAGAGUUGCUCAAUGUUCCUCGUCCAUAAGUGGACUGCAAUAUAUCCGCCUAGCGAAUCAAAAGUAAAAAAAUAUAAAUUAUCCACAUAACGGGCAUUCGUAACAUUCAAAGUUCUUCGGCAGAGCACACCCAUCGCCAGACUGACAGGGAAAACCUCGCCUGUUAACACACGACCGUUCGACCGCUAUUGCCUACUAUGUCCAGCGUGUGAUCCACAGCAGAGUGAGUGUGUUGGUCCAACGUGCCCAACCACGUGGUCUGAUAGAGGAGCAAGCUAGCACACGACAGUUCGACCGUCGAUUUCGGCGGUGUCUACCAUGUGCUGCACACCAAGCUGCAGCAGGCACGAGGACUUGUACGUGAAUUAGUUUAUAGUGAUAGUACACUUGCGCAACGUCUACCGCACUCUCUCUUCCCCCACUUGCCACCUGAACCUGGUGUCAAGACAGAGUCGAGAGUACCGGAGGCGGGGAGGGCUCAGGUGGAUGGAACGGUCAAACCCGCACCUAGGCGUUCCACUCCACACCCCGUGGUCCACACAGCAAAUGACCAGGUUCUUGACCGACAACAACAGCACCCCAACAGGGGUCCGAAGAACGAGAAUGAUGAUGAUGAUGUUGUUGUUGAUGUUGUUGUUGUUGAUGUUGAUGAUGAUGAUGAUGAUGACGAUGAUGAUGAUGAUGAUGAUGAUGAUGAUGAUGAUGAUGAUGAUGAUGAUGAUGAUGAUGAUGAUGAUGAUGAUGAUGAUGAUGAUGAUGAUGAUGAUGAUGAUGAUGAUGAUGAUGAUGAUGAUGAUGAUGAUGAUGAUGAUGAUGAUGAUGAUGAUCGGGUAGCCAUGUCCACCGCCUGUAUACCCAACGGGAGCGCAAGCACAUCUACCGUUAGGGAACUUGGUGUCAGGGAACUGCUAGCGCAUACCAGGCUGUGA